AUGGCGCGCUCAGAUCCUUCAUUUUUUGAGCAGCCGAUGGAGUUCAGCAGCAGCAGCAGCAAAAGCAGCAGCAGCAGCAGCAGCAGCAGCAGCAGCAGACAGCUGGAGCUGGCGCAGGUGUAUAUGCGGAAAAAGAAAAAUAGGGAGAAUGAGAGUUAUGUAUAUAACACAGAGAGGGGGCCUCAUCGUCAUCGGCCCCCACUGGCCCUUUGCUGUUAUUAUGUUAUUCUUAAAACUACAGCCGAUGGAGUUCAGCAGCAGCAGCAGCAAAAGCAGCAGCAGCAGCAGCAGCAGCAGCAGCAGCAGACAGCUGGAGCUGGCGCAGCACAAGAAAAGGCCUCGCAGCAGCGUGACCUCACCGCUGCAGCCAGUGGCAGCGAGCUGCAGCAGCAGCAAGAGCUGCAGCAGCAGCAAACAGAGCAGCAGCAGCUGCAGCAGGGAGAGGAGUUGUAUAGAGGUUCUUAUGGGCAGCAGUGUACAGCAGUGGUAACUCAUACAGCAGCAGCAGCAGCAGCAGCAGCAGCAGCAGCAGCAGCAGCAGCAGCAGAUGAAGAUGCUCUGAAGGAUUUAUCAACUGCUGCUGCAGCAGACAGCGAAGCAGGCUACCCAGGAGUAAAGCUGCUGCUGCAGCAGCAGCAGCAGCACAUGGCUGGCCCCGCUAGAAGCAUAGACAGCUGGGAGACGGAGAGUGAGCGAACACUGCGUAGCAGCAGCAACUGCAGCAGCAGCAGCAGCAGCAGCAGCAGCAGCAGUGACAGCGAUAGUGAUGCCCCAGUCGGCCGUCGCCUCCGUAAGCAUCAUCUGCGUGCCCUCCGUCAGCAGCGCGAGCAGCAGCGUCAGCAGCGUCUCCAGCAGCAGCAGCAGCAGCAGCAGCAGCAGCAGCAGGAGCAGCAGCAGCAUGUGUCUGAUGAGGAUGAUGAUGAGUUAGAGUUAUGUAGUUUCUGCGGUGCAGCAGCAGCAGCAGCAACAGUAGCAGCCGCAGCAAAAGCAGCAGCAGCAAGAGUAGGAAUACAGGUAGACAGCAACCAUGCAAAAGGAGACAAAUUUAGAGUGGAGACAAAGAGACACAGAGACAGAGACAGCGAGAAACGAAAAGAAAUAUAA